CUAUUCGGAUCCUCGUCGUUUUACAAAAACAACCGAAACAGUACGAAGCUUUUCCCCAAUUCUCUUUCUCCAAAUUUCUUCAAAAUCACCUUCUAAAUCUUUAAUUGUACACUCUCUUUAUCCAAUUUGGAUUUUUCCUCUUUCGAUUGACUCAGUUAUUGUUCCCAUCCAUCGAAUCUAUAAACUUCUAGGUUUUUUCCCUUUCAAUCCUCAGAUCUGUAAAUACAGCCUUCAAAUCUAUAAAUUUUUUGGGAUUUUGUCAUCGAUAUUUUGUUUCCGUCCUUUCCCCUAUAGUUAUAGAAAGAAUUUGUUGUUUUGCCUGGAGGCUUUCUGAAUCCUAGGGUUUCGAUUUCGAGGAUUCAUCUUAGGGCCCAUCGGAUCUGUAAAUUGACUUGGGGUUUCGAUUUGAAACUUGAGAGAGUAUACAAAGCAGCAAUAAGGCAUUCAUUAUGUCUCUAUGGAUAGAAAAGAUGGGAACCAAACGACCGUUUCAAGAGGACGACUUUCCAGAGCUUUCCUUCAAGCAUGCUAAACAGCUUGGUUUUAAUAACAAUUUGAAUUCAUAUUUUGAGGAUUUUUCUUCUUGUAGAACUUCUGCAAAAUCUGAUACUGUAGGUGUAGCUGCCAGCAACUUUUGUAACUACAAGUUUGAUGAGAGGCACGGAAAUUCUGACAUCAGCAGUUACUCCAAUAUUGAUGAAAAGGAGUUAGAGAUGGGUACAGCCUUAUCAAAUGGCAGUAUUGAUGAAGAUUCUGCAUUCGAGGACAGGUUUUGCUGGUCUCAUUUUCAAGGAUAUUUCGACUUUAGUGUUCCAAGACGACUCCCUGUUCAGUUCCGGGAUCCUUAUUCAUUUUUGUUGAAUUGUUCUCCGAGGAAAGAAAUUCCUGUUGGACGAGAUCAUCAGGCUGAAGUUCCGCCAUGGGAUCCAAAUGCGACCUGGAAAGACACUUCAAGUCCCAGCUACUUUGUUGACGAUGAAAGUGAAGAAAAACUGAUGGGAACAUGUAUCAUCCCAAUGCCAAAUUUGAAGUUUGAUGGGAUCAAAGAAGUGCAUGGCCAAGCAGACUGUAACUGCCUGGAUCGGGGUUCCGUAAAAUGUGUACAGCAACAUGCAAAGGAAGCACGAGAAAAAUUAAGAGAGACAAUCGGAGAUGAGAAGUUUGCGGAGUUGGGAUUUCUCGACAUGGGAGAGGAGGUAGCAUCCAAGUGGACUGAAGAAGAACAACAAAUUUUUCAUCAGGUCAUUUACUCUAAUCCAUUGUUGCUUGGUAAAAAUUUUUGGAGACACCUAUCUGCGGUGUUCCCAACACGAACAAAGAAGGAAAUUGUCAGCUAUUACUUUAAUGUCUUCAUGCUCCGGAGACGGGCUUUACAAAACAGAAUUAAUCCGUUGGCAGUAAAUAGUGAUGAUGAUGAAUGGCAUGGUGCUGAUGGAGGAUUCUAUCAAGGUGGAGAAGAAGAUGAAGACUCUUUAGUCGAAUCUUUUGGUGAUCAAGAUGUUCACGUGGGCCCUGGGAACGGCUCUUCGUCUGAAAAUGUAUGCAGAUACGAGGUGGAGGAUAGUGGUAAUGGCAUUUUUCAUGGGAACGGGAAUGGGGAACAUGGAGAUGCUAUUGAGUUGGAUAGUAAGAGAGAUUAAAUGUUCCGAUGAAGAAAUUGAGUUGUGGUACAAGGUUUGAUCAUAAACUUUGUCAUCCUAUAAUGAAAUUGUGAACGGUAGAAAAAUCUUCUUCCUUAUCUAAGUUUUGAAUGAGUCUUUUUAUCA